CUCAUGACAGGUGUGGGGGGCGGUGUGGGCGGCUCCCCCUCGCCCGCCCGGCUGCGGCUGCUGGUGGCGGGGCGGCUGGCGCUGGGGGCCGCCGCGGGGCUGCUGCUAGGCGGCUACACGGCGCUGGAGCUGCUGGUGGACCAGCCGGCACUGCAGUUCCUAGUGGUGUGUGCCAGCGUGGUCGCCGUGUGUUUCGUGCUGCUGCUGUCGCUUCCCCGCGCCGGCGGCCCCCUGGCUGCCCCCGCGCUGGCACUGCUGUGGGGCUGCUGCUGCGGCCUGGCGCUGCUGCUGCACGCGGAGACUCCGGUGCGGCUGGACGGGCGGGGAGCGCACCACACCAGCAGCCGCCUCUUCCCGGACAGCAAGGUGCAGGUUGAGGCGGAGAUCUACCGCGCCACCAAGGCAUCGCUGCUGGCGGUGGUGGCGGCGCAUGCGCUGCUGAUGGCGUUUGCGCUGAAGCUCAAGAUGACGUCAGCGCUGCGGCGCAGGGCGGCAGCGGGGCUGGGGCGCGCAGACCAAUCCAACGGCGCGGGCAUGCCCACCCCGCCCGCCUUCGGCAGCCACCCCUCCUCCACCUCCUCUGCGCCCUCCGCCUCCUUCUCCCUCUCCCCCUCCGACCUGCUCUGCGGCCUCGCUCCCUCCGCCGUCUUCAACAACUACUGCGCCAUGCUGCGGCUGGAGGGCUCCUCCCCAGCCGCCAUGGCUCUGCAGCGCCUGGCCUCGGAGGGCCUCGCCUGGGUGCCCACCAUCGGCAACCUGCUCACCCUCACCGCGGUUGCCCUGGGCAUCGCCCUCAACGCCUUCCUCAACGGGGGCAGCGGCGGCCUGGCCUCGUCGGCUUCCGCAGGAGGCGGAGUGGGAGCACCCGAGGCGAUCUUCAUGCUGGCUCCGCUGCUGCUGCUGCUGAGUCAGGACCCGCUGGUGCUGCCCGGGCUGAGUGAGCGGCAGCGCUACGCGCCGCCCCAGCUGGCCAUCAGUGGCUACUUGCUGGCGGCCGGCGUGGUGGCGGCGGUGGCGGAUGUGCUGGCGGGGCGGGUUGGCGGGGAGGAGGGCGGGGCGGCGGGAGCGGCUGGGUUGCCGCCUGGGCUGCACUUGGUGAAGGAGCUUGGGCUGGCAGCGCUUGCCAUCCCGCACCACCUGCUCUUCCUGCACUACCUGUGGACCUUCAAGACGCGCGCCUGGGGGCUGCUGCUGUUGCUGUCCGCGCCCGUGUGCCUGCUGCCACUUGCCAUGUGCGACGAGCCGGCGUUGCGCUACUUUGGCGCUGUGGGCGGCGUCGUGGCGGUGGUGCAGUACUUUAGCAUGAAGCAUGUACGGAGG